GAAGCCUGAUUGACAGCCAGAAAUCUGAUCCUGUGAAAGAGACUGAGAGCCAAUGGGAGGGAGAGAUCUAUCAGUUUGGAUAGGAGGCCCCUGGAGGAGAAGUAGAGGAAAAACCACAGAAUUCAGCUCUGUCAGUGGCGUUUACAGCUUCAAGAGGGGGGAAGUGCUGGAAAAUAAUUAAUGUUUUUAUUAAAAUUGGAGGGAGUUUUGUGCAGCCGAUCGCACUGCAUCCUCUUCAGCUGGGUCUUUCCUACAACUUUUUUUUUUUUGUACAAAAUCACCAAGAUCAGUGAGCAACGGAGUUUUUUUUUAAAGGACACUUAAAGAAGGUUGCUCGCAGCCCAGACCCCGAGGAAAUCACCAGAUAAAUGCCCAGAACAUAUAAUACUGAUCUAAGAUUUGCCUAAGAGCUACAGAAUGGAUGGAUUUUAUGACCAGCAAGUGCCUUACAUGGUCACCAAUAACCAGAGUGAGAGAACCUGUCAUGAGAAAACAACAGGCUUCAGGAAAAGAAAGUUUCUAAAUAAGAAUCUGGCUCAUGAUUCAGAAGAACUCUUCCAAGAUCUCAGCCAGUUGCAAGAAACAUGGCUUGCAGAAGCUCAGGUACCUGACAAUGAUGAGCAGUUUGUGCCAGACUAUCAGGCUGAAAACUUGGCAUUUCAUGGUGUUCCAUUAAAAAUCAAGAAAGAACCACACAGCCCUUGCUCUGAUCUAAAUACAGCUUGCAGUCAAGAACAACCAUUCAAGUUCAGCUAUGGGGAAAAGUGCCUGUAUAAUGUCAGUGCCUACGAUCAGAAAACACAAGUUGGAAUGAGGCCCUCCAACCCGCCAACACCUUCAAGUACUCCGGUGUCCCCACUGCAUCAUGCAUCCCCUAACUCUGCACAAGCUCCAAAAUCAGAUCGGCUUUUCCAAACUCACCUUCCUCCAUCACAGUCAAUUCCAGACACCAGUUAUCCGAUGGACCAUAGAUUUCGUCGGCAGCUUUCUGAACCGUGCAAUUCGUUCCCACCACUGCAUGCAAUACCAAGAGAAGGACGUCCAAUGUAUCAACGACAGAUGUCCGAGCCCAGCAUUCAGUUUCCCCCACAAGGAUUUAAACAAGAAUAUCAUGAUCCAGUUUAUGAACACAGCACUAUGGUUGGAAAUACACCUAACCAAACCUUCCCUCCACCGCUCAUGAUUAAGCAGGAACCUAGAGAUUUUGCUUAUGACUCAGAAGUGCCUAGCUGCCAUUCUAUUUAUAUGAGGCAAGAAGCUUUCCUGGCGCACCCUAAUGGAACUGAAGGUUGCAUGUUUGAAAAAGGACCUCGGCAGUUCUAUGAUGACACGUGUGUUGUUCCUGAGAAGUUUGAUGGAGACAUUAAACAAGAGCCAGGGAUGUACCGUGAAGGACCUACGUAUCAACGACGGGGUUCACUUCAACUCUGGCAGUUUUUGGUAGCACUUCUUGAUGAUCCUGCAAAUUCCCACUUCAUUGCUUGGACAGGAAGAGGCAUGGAAUUUAAACUAAUUGAGCCAGAAGAGGUAGCACGUCGUUGGGGAAUUCAGAAAAACAGACCAGCAAUGAACUAUGAUAAACUUAGCCGCUCUCUGCGCUAUUACUACGAGAAGGGAAUCAUGCAGAAGGUGGCUGGAGAGAGAUAUGUCUACAAAUUUGUGUGUGAUCCCGAAGCUCUUUUUUCAAUGGCUUUCCCAGACAAUCAGCGGCCAUUAUUGAAAACUGACAUGGAACGACACAUUAAUGAAGAGGACACAGUACCAUUGUCCCAUUUUGAUGAGAAUAUUCCAUACAUGCAAGAUGGUGGAUAUUGUAAUACUCAUCCAUAUAAUGAAGGAUAUGUGUACUGAAUUCAAAGACUAUGUACAAAAUCCUUUUUUUCUUCAAGUUGCAAGAAAAGCAAAAUGUACUUGUUAUAUUUUUGUUUAUUUGUAGUACAUGAAUGAAUUGAAUGAAUGGGCUUUCCUGUUGCAUAUCUCCUAAUGUCUGCCAUGGACAGCGCACUUUAUUGAGGGGAAAAGGGGAUGACAAACGUAUGUAACAGGAUGAAAAAGGCGGACAUACUAUUCAUUUAAACUUGGGAAGGGAACUUAAAAGUUUUAGGUACUUCAUUACUAAGUCAUGUCUGUCUUUUUUUUAUAUAAAAUCUUAUCAUAUAUUGUACAUCUUUUUCUGGAAAUACAGGGUACAGUUAAUUUUUAUUGUGUUAAUAGCUACUUGAAAAUAAUCUGUUUCCUCUCCCCUACCAUUUUUUUUUUUUUUUUUUACAGUUGCACUUGACAAAUUUUUGUGAGAACCUAAGAAAUGUUCUUUUCAUCUUCAAAUUUUAAUUUCUGUAUAUUACUUUUGUUUUGCCAUUUAGUUUACAUGCUUUUCAUGACAAUGGAAGUUUCGUUUUGACGUCCGCUACGAAAACAAGUGUUUGGUAACAGCUUGAUGCGAAAAGAAGAGCAUAACUAAAACUACAAGCCGUUCAAAUCAAAAUGAAAGCAUGGAUUGUAUGCAUUGAUAAAGAUAAAAAUGCCAAACAAAAUCUUUUAAUGUCCCACAGUACUUAAGCUAUUUAAUCAAUAGGAAUUAACUGUACUUGUUCACAUAUCUUAUUAUGCUGUUGUAGGCUACAGCAAGGACUCCUUGGAAAAAUAUCCAAUACACUAUAUAGGUACUUUUAGUAAUUUUAGACAUGGUACCCAUUAAUAUGCAUAUGCCUUUUAUUGCCGUGUUAUGUUGAUAACAUAUAAAUACUAGAUAAUGCUUCUGCUGCUGUCUUUUUUCUGUACUAUUAUCUUUGACGCUAAAUUUACUACAGUCAUUAAGCAUUGCUCUAUCUACAGGUAGCGGCGUUUCAGGACAAAAUAGGUGACUUGAAUCAUUUAUUGCUUAGUAAAUAGCUUAUCUGCACUGCAAUCAGCUACUACUACUCGCAUCGACAAAUGAAUAGUAAACUUCUGCUUGCUAUGGGAAGCUAAGCUGGAUAUUUUGUAUGUUUUGGUGAAGACAUAUGGACUGUCACAAAAAAUAUAAUGAAGCCGCUGUAUGGCCUGGUGGUGCUGGCACUGAUGAUAUCACCUUGUUGUGGACACUCCAUGUAAAUUGAGAAAAAAUGUUUGGGAAAAACAUUUGUUUUUUGUUUGUUUUGGGUUUUUUUUUUUUCGUUUUAUUUUUCAAUGGGAUUUGUGUACAGAAAGAAUAUGUAUGGAAAAUUUAUGGGCACCUUUUAUAUAUUUUUUUGUUUUUAUUUGAGACAUGAAAAAUGUUGAUACUAAGAUGGAAAUACUGAUACGAUUGUGUAUACAAAAAUAUUAUUUUAUUUGAUACCCUUAAAGGGACAUAAAACUCAUUUUUAUAUAUGCACAGUAUAUAUUGAGCUGCAUUGUAAAAGAUCUCCAUACAAAAUAAAUGUUUUAAAAACAUUUAAACUGUAAUUUUGUUAUUAUAUACCCUUUUGAAAAGCCGCUUUAGCCCUCUUCUAUGGUUGUUUAGUGAGAUAUAUACCUGAGCUCCUGCACUGAUCAUAAAAUAACUGUUUAGAAUGCUGUAGCGUUAUGAAUUCUGCAGUAUGAACUCGAUUUUCCCAGAUAUAUACAGAUAAAUAAUGAAAGUACAUUGCAAGGCUUUUUUAUUACACAUAACUAAACAUUUUAUAGGGAAUUCAAUUUUGGGUUUUAUGUCCCUUUAAAUGACAUUAACAUGUAAAAAAAAAAAAAAGGCAAAUUCUAUUAACAGGAAUAAACCUGCAGUACUGGAGUUAUAAGUAUGACAACCCAUGCAGGGGAUUAAUGCAAAUUUUACUAUAUACUUGGUCAACCAAUUAAAAAGUGUAAACAUUGCUUUCAUGUAUUUCUAUACAAUUUGUAAUAUGCAAUAAGACCCUUAAACAAUUUGUUUUAUAAAUUAAUGUAAUUUAAUGUUACAUAUUAUUCUCUUCACUGCCAAAGUUUUAAUCAAUAAACAUUUUGCUCCUUUUUAUCUUACGUAGGUAAGAAAAUAAA